AUUGUAUGUUCUAAUUUAAGGAAUUGCAGAUUGUAAAAUUUUAUGAAAGGAAAAAAAUUGGUCCUUUUCUUCACAAUCCUGUUAUUGGGGUUUGGCUGUACUGCAUUGCUUUUGCCUUAUAAGGGCAUUUAUGUCACUUGAGUUCUGGGCGGUUUUGUUUGUUGGUUUUUGUAGUGGAUAUAAAGUAGUUUCAAUCUUUUUGGAAUUUUCUUCUUUAUGCAUUAUUGAGGAUUUUUAAAAAGUUUAAAUCUUUGGUUAUCUGUUCAGUACAGAUUGCACCUAUAGAAAUAGACUAAUUGGCACGGAGCUUGGUACCACGGACACUUCAUUCAAUCAACAUGUCCCGUUUCGGACUUGACGUUUCGGACACAAUUUUUUAAGUGCAUAGGAAAUGUUAAAAUAACACCGUUUCACUGUAUCUGUGUCCAAAUGUCCCGUUUCUUGUGUCCGUGCUACCUAGACACGGACAUUUCAUUUCCGUUUUGGAAACGUGUCCGAAACUUGACAUUUUGGACACAAAACAUCAAUUUUUUCACAUAGGAAACCUUAAAAAACACCAUUUCACCAUGUCGAUGUGUCCCAUUUCCGGUGUUAGUUCUGAUGAAUUCCUGGUUAUCAAGAAAAUUGCAGAAAUGUCCACUUUAAACAAAUUUUAUGUCUAUGAGAUAAAGGCGUGUUAAAAACAUGGCGUUUUGGACACGGAAUUUCAUUUUUCACAUAGGAAACCUUAAUAUAACAACAUUCAAUCGUGGCUUCUGCAUAUCCUAGAGAAUAUGAUGGUGCUUGUCUUCAGAUGAGAUUAUCUUACAGUCCAGCAGCUCAAUUUUUGCUGUUUUUGGUUCAGUGGACUGAUUGCCACCUUGCCGGUGCUUUGGGAUUGCUUAGAAUACUAAUAUACAAGGCUUAUGAGGAUGGAAAAACAACCAUGUCUGUUCAUGAAAGAAAAGCUAGUUUAAGGGAGUUCUAUGGGGUGAUAUUUCCCUCUUUAUUGCAACUUCAAAUCGGAAUCAAUGAUAUCGAUGAGAGGAAACAGAGAGAGAUUUGUUCGAAGUACAAGAAGAAAGAUGAGAUGGACCGAGGAAAGCUCUCUGAAAUUGAUUUAGAGAGAGAAGAAGAAUGUGGAAUUUGCUUAGAGUUAAACAGCAAGGUUGUGUUGCCCAAAUGCAAUCAUUCUAUGUGUUUGAAGUGCUAUCGGAACUGGCGUACGCGAUCCCAGUCGUGUCCUUUUUGUAGGGACAGUCUUAAGCGAGUGAACUCAGCUGACCUUUGGAUCUACACGAGCAAGAAUGAUAUCAUAGCUUUGUCGUCGAUCACUCGGGAAAAUUUGAAGAGAUUGUUCAUGUACAUAGAUAAAUUGCCCCUCAUUGUUCCCGAUCCGACGUUGUUUGCUGCAUAUGAUGCUCAUUACCGAUGACUACAAGGAGCGAGAGCAUCCUGCAGGGUUGGAGGGUUUUGUAUAUAUAGUUGCUGAUUGUAAUGUAAAUCAUUGUUGUUCAGUUAUUCCUCAAGAUCAGGUUUUAGAAUUGUAAAUACAUAUUACUCACGAUUCAAGAUUACUUAUUUAUUUUA